AUGAUCACCCCGGUACAUGACUAUACCAGCAACAUCCCAUUCUACGCCGGCGAUGAUGUCCAUCCUGAGCCCGUUCCUCUACCGGAUGCUCUUCCAUCCAAUGCACCCUAUAUCUUACCCACCAACGUCGACAUCGGUCUUUCCGAUCUCAAUCAACUCUCUUGGACUGCAGAGCUCGAUCAACUGAGCGCCUAUGGUCUACCAACCCCAGGCCUCGAGAUCCCUAGCAUAGCCAAAGCCCCACCUUUGCCCUUCAGCGAUCGGGAAAUAAACCAUGCGCAAGCCCAAAAUUUAACCCACACCCAGACUCAGGAAUGGGAUCUUGACUCCGGUAGCAACACCAGCAGUGUUGAUCCCCGUCGAACCAGCAUAACUUCGAUCCGCGCGCCCAUCACACCUCCAGACUACAAUGUUCUUGACGACCCAAUCCCGUCCAAAUCUCACAUGCGUCCCCUUGAUCCCCUCAGCAGCUCUGCGUACCUACAGCUCCUCCACGACAUCGAGCAGACCACUGCUCUCGGUCACACACAUACGGUGGACUCCGUCCUCGCAGCCAACCAACGCUACCUUAGCACGUUGCUCCGUAUGACGGAAACCCCUGGCUUCGAGUACGGCUACGACACGCACCUCCUAUUCACUGUGGCGUUGAGGAAAAUCAUUGCGCUAUUCACUGCGGGGUAUCGCGAUUUCGUGAUGCGUAUGGAGGGGCCGGAGACUUGUCACAUAAACGGCACCAACAACUACCCUAAUAGCCACAACAGCAGCAACAAUGUGGCCACAGGUAUUAAUGGCAGCGGCAGUAUUGGUGUCGAGCGACUCAUCCGCUUCGGAGUUUUUGAAAUUGAUCUCGUUGAGCAAAAGGCCAUCUGUCGCAGUAUCCUUCUGCGAGAGUUGAAGCGUGCAAGACUCUGUCUCAUGCGACUGGUCGAUGUUUUGGAGAGGGAUAGUGGUGGAUGCGGUGGUGCUGGACGCCACGAGGGAAUGUGUGAGGAGAUGAGUCGGCGGCUGGAUUUAUUGGUUGGGUCGUUGGAGGGAGAGUAG